CCAAAAAGAAGGCGUUAGGAAUGGAGGAUUAUAGAAGGGACAAGGAUAUUAACCAACAAAAGGAUACAAUUAUAUCAGAAGAAACUCUACAAUCAGGCAAAUCAGAUGUUGACAUCGACAGCAUUGUGAAUGGAUUUGCGGCGCUAAGCAUCAAUUAUGUUGAACAUGAUGACAAGCUGAGUCAUAGUGAA